GUUCUAUUUGUCUAGAGUGGUGCACAUUUCAGAAAUGCAACCCACCUUCCACAAACCUGAGUAAACUAAAGAUAUUUCGUAAUAGACGUACCAGGUUUUUGGUAGAGAUAAACAGCUCAAGUCAGUUUUGUCUUUGGUUUCUUAAAGUCAUGUGGAAGAAAAAGACUCGUCAGUGAGAAAAAAAAACGGAAUUCCCAGCGGCUUGUUAAAAGAAGGGACGUUUAGAUGAUAAAACAUUUUUUAAAAAUAUCAUAUAAUCAUUUGGUAUUAAAUAAUUUUUGCCUUUGGACUAUAUUUUAAUAAUUGUAUUUUUUUUUGUGGAAUAAAAUGGGAAGCAAAAAUCCUAAUACGUCAACUUCCGGUUGGCGGUUCUCGGACGUGCAAGUGCCGGACUUGUUCACUUCCGGUAUUGAGAGCGGUCGACCAAGCACCGUCGCGCAGGUCAGGGUAAUAAAGAAGACAAGCGCUUUAGUGUCCACUGCUUUGUUCAUCCUUGUCGUGGCGACGCUUGGCUUGGCGGUUGCCCUCACUGUUAUCAUUGUCAAACACAACAACGAAGAUGGCGGUGCAUCUGAACCAGAUAUCUGUCACACUGUUGGCUGCACAAAAGCAGCUGCGCGUGUCCUUAAUUCCUUGGAUCCCACGGCAGAUCCUUGUAAAGACUUCUAUCAGUUUGCUUGUGGAGGUUUCUUGAAGAGUCACGUGAUACCAGAGGACAGGUCAAACAUUGACAUGUGGAGUAUUGUAAGGGAUAACGUCCAGUAUACCUGCAAAUAUUUACUAGAAGACCCAAAAACUGAUCCUGGAGCAGUUGCUGUUCAAAAAGCUAAAGACCUGUACUAUUCCUGUGUCAAUACAGGGCUCAUUGAACAGAAAGGAAUAUCAGUGGCAAUUCCGCUUCUGAAUGAAUUAGGUGGUUGGCCGAUCCUUGGAAAUAAGCCUGGCGGUAACUGGAAUGAAAAUGACUUUGACCUUGCAAAGAUUAUAACAACACUAAGGAAAUACAAUAACAAGGUUAUCAUUGACAUGGGCGUAGGUUUGGACGAUAAAAACUCAAGUUAUCAUAUCAUAUCAUUCGACCAACAAGAUUUCGGUAUGCCAAACAGGAAUUAUUACCUGAAUUCUGACGAUCCAAGAUUUGCAAAAAUGGUAGAAGCGUACAUUGUCAUGGCAAGAGAUAUAGCAAUAGAAUUUGGUGCUGAUCCUGAAACUGCCGAUAACGAGACACGAGAGUUUGUGAAGCUUGAAACAGAAAUCGCUAAGAUCACGCUGACACAAGCAGAACAAAGAAACAGCACAGCAUCAUACAAUAAAAUGACACUGGAAGAAAUGAAGACAACGUUUCAUGAGCCUAAAAGCACUGAUCCUAUCCAGUUUAAGUGGUUGGAGUUUGCAAAGGGCGUGUUCGGACUGGAUGGCGUGGAAAUAGAUAUUGAUGAAACUGAACUAGUUCUUGUACGGUCGAUGAAAUACUACAACAAUAUUUUGCCAUUGUUGCAAAAUUAUCCAAAACGAACAAUAGCUAAUUACCUUGUAUGGAGGAUAAUGCAAAACCGAGCACGGAAUCUACCCCAAAGGUUUCUAGACAUUCUUGGCGAAUACGACAAGGUUGUUUAUGGUGUUCAAAGUAGAUCAGCAAACUGGAAGAGAUGCAUGGGUUAUACGAUACUACAGUUAGGUGGCCCAGUUGGAAGAUUGUAUGUGGAGGAAGCAUUUGAUCAAGGCGCAGAACAAACGGCCCUUGAUAUGAUUCAUGGACUUCGAGAUGCUUUUGUCGAAAUACUUCUAGAAGAACCAUGGAUGGAUGAUAAGACACGACAGGCAGCUCGUGAAAAGGCUGAAGCGAUGGGAGAAUGGAUUGGUUACGCUAGUGGUAUACUAAAUGACACUGUACUCAAUAAUAUAUACGAUGAUGUUAAAGUGAAUCGAACAGAAUACUUCCAGAACGUUCUCGGUAAUCUGCAACGUUGGGGCACUGGUGAUAUUUCGGGUCUCAGGACGAUCUACGAUAAAAACGGUUGGUCGGAUCCUCCGACAACGGUGAAUGCUCAGUACAGCUUUGUUCUCAAUAAUAUACAAUUUCCUGCUGGAAUAUUCCAACCUCCUUUCUAUAAAAAAGACCAGCCAAGGUCGAUGAAUUACGGCGGUAUUGGUGUUGUGAUAGGUCAUGAAAUAACUCACGGUUUUGACGAUCAAGGGAGACAGUAUGAUAAAGAAGGCAAUUUGAAAGACUGGUGGGGUGAUGAUAUUGUUAAUAACUUUAAAGCAGAAACACAUUGCAUUGUUGACCAGUACGGAAAAUUUACUGUAGCCGGCCAUCACGUCGAUGGUAAAAACACCCUUGGAGAAAACAUAGCUGAUAAUGGUGGGCUUAAACAGAGUUACAGGGCCUAUAGACAUUGGGUUGAUUCACAUGGGGAGGAACCCCUGCUACCAGGUGUAAAUUAUACACAUAAUCAACUUUUCUUUAUAAGUUUUGCUCAGGUAUGGUGUGACAAGGAAACGGAAGAAUCCUUUAUAAGUGGUAUUAACACAGAUCCACAUAGUCCAGCAAAAUUCAGGGUCUGGGGCACACUUCAAAACUCGAAGGAUUUUGCGGACACGUUUCAAUGCAAAGCUGGCUCGUUCAUGAAUCCUGUGAAUAAAUGUUCAGUAUGGAAAAAAUAAACUGUGUGCACUAAUUGAAUACUAGUACUUUGUUCUGUGCCGUCGAAAUAAAACUUAGUACAUCCAGGAUAAAAGCUAUCAAUUUGUUUUGUGUGUCUCUGUCGAAAAAAAUUUACAAUGAAGUUUUAUAGGACAGAUGCGCAGAACUCAGCAAAUUUUUAAUAAAUCAUGUGACCUCCAUAAUAUCAUGUAGGAUAAAGACUGCUUUAUUCAUAUUUUUUUUCUUUCUCUAUUUGAAAUAAACAUUUUAUGGUACAUUUGUUUAGAAUAUAAAAAGAUGAAUCUAACCUACAAUAUUGUAAUUAUUGGCGAUUCUAUAUUAACAACCAACCAAUUGUUUUUAUAAACGACCCAUUGUAACAUUGUAACAAGAGAUGGACAUUGGGUAAAUUAUUCAUGGCAGGAUUUAAAAUUUUUGAAGAAAUGAAAGUGGUUUAGCCAUAGUUACUGUGAUUCUAGAAUGUUUAAACUAUAGUUUAGUAUUCUCUUAUAUUAAUCAGUAAUUAACAGGUUCUGUUUUCUUAUGUCUACAGCUAGAUACAUGUAUACAUUUCUUACCGUUUCAGUUUAAGGUAAUGAAUAGACCCGUAAUGGACUUCGGCCAUUUCCGUGCGAUUACGUUAUUUCCGUGACGGACUUUGGCGUUCUUAUCAAGCUACAUAAGCAUCCGAAGAAUGCCGAAGCAGCAUCGGGGGAGAUAACGUAAGUUGCCGAAUGUCAUUACGGGUCCUUUACCUCAUGUAAAAUUAGUAAAACCAAAACUAACAUAGCUAUGAAUAGUAAUUUCGUAUCACAAUAAUAUGAACUUAAUUCAAAGAAAAUAAACUUGUGUGUUAAUGAUUCUAAUGUGUCACUGACUACGUCAAUUCUAUUUAUGAAAGUUCUACCUAGUCAUGUUCUAUGUAAAACUGUUUGUAUUGUGUGUACUUUAAUACUCUAAUAGUAAUAGUAAAAUGUUGCUUAAAAAUUAAGCAAAGCUAGUUCAGGCAAAAGGUAGUUGGUUCUUAACAUUUUAGCGUGUGAUUUACAGUUCAGUACUCACUGUCACACUUCUGAGAAUAAUGGCAGAAAAAAAACUGCCUGUAUUUAUGAAGAGAUAUAUAUACAGUUUGUUAAUAAGGGAGUUAAUUGUGUUUAUCAUUAUUCUCGGCAGUGGGCAGGCAGAACGCAUUAACAUCGAAUUCUCGAAAUAGAAAAUCAGUUAAAUAUCAUAAGUUGCGGAAUGAAGCAUAAAAGAAGCAAACAUGGUUAGAUAGAUAGAUAGAUUUAUUUCGAUAAUUGAGCAAACAUAACAUAGUUACAAUACAUGCAUAUAAUAAAAUUUAUAAUCACAUAUAAAAGUUGUCAUAUGAAGUAAUAUGUUAUGAACUAUGUCAGUCACAUCAAUAUCAAGGAUGACACAAGAAAGAGAAAAAAAUCUCUUAUUUCCAUUUUGGUCCUUGGUACCAAUGGUCUGACAUAGAGAGGCAUGAAACAUUAACAUGAAUAUAUAUAAAAAAAUUACCGAGUUCAUUAUUAUAAAAUAACGUAUAUGUUAUGCAUAUCCUUAUUCGUUAACAUGUAGAUAAUAUAAAAUGUUAUGUCGCUCUUAUGGCAAGUGAGUAUAAAAACAAUUUGCCAUCACUAUAAAA